AUGACUGGACGAAAAAGAGCUAACGUUCGCUCGGCUGCGAUGGAACAGGAUGAACAGUAUAUCGAAAAAAGACGUCGAAAUAAUGAAGCUGUUAACAGUUUUAGGACACGUGAAAAGAAAAGGUUAGAAGAAUCUGAGACAGCUAGAAGGGUGGAAGAACUUCGUAAAGAGAAUGAAAGAUUGGAAAGGCAGGUUGAGUCUCUUCAAAAGGAGCUGUCAUUUCUGAAAGAGAUGUUUGUGGCGUACACGAAAGGAAACCGAACAUAUUCCGACGAACCUUGCACCUCACAACCUGAAGAAUAUGCUUCCGGUUCAGGUGAAAUGGUUGAUGAGGAAACAUCUUUGAAGUUUGCGCAAGUUGUUCGUGAAUGCGCAGAAACAUCAACUGAAGCUGUCGAAACCGCUGAGAAGCUUGCUUCUUACUUGAGAAGUGCUGAUAAUGAACGUGAAGGUAUCAGUUUGUUGGAUGUGAAGAAUCGUGAAAUGCUCGCAUAUAUGACCGAGUUGUCCUUACUUAUGGGUCAUAUGAGCUGUGGGAAGUCAAUAAAGGAGAAUCCUUCCGUAUUUCGUGCAGCCAAGCAUCGAACGAUUUUGGAGAACAUACGUCCCAUUGAACAGAAGAUGAGGUCUCAAAUUGAAAGGCUUAUUCAGGGCGUUCACACCGGUGAGGUAAAGGCUCCACUUCGAGCAAGACCUGAGCAAAUGGAGUUCGAUGACGACUCAGAGUCAAAUGGUGAACAGAGUGACAACAAUGAAGAUGAGAAAAAACCAAAGAAAUAUGUUCCACCAAAAAUGAUGGCUAAAUUGUAUUUAUUUGUCAGUUUUAUUAGCGUUUGGAUCAGCUUCGUUGGUUUUGUAGAUGAACAUGACCACCAACAAACAAAGGCAAUGGAGAAAGCUAAGCGACGUGCUCUGCAAAGUAGUUUAAUUCAGGAAUUGAAACAGCAAUACAGUGAUGCUCCAGAGGAAUUUAGGGAGAAAAAUAUCCGCAAGUACAAAGACGACAAGGAAAGAGAGGCGUAUGAGGAAGACAACUUCGUUCGUUUGCGUAUGACGAAGGCACAAAAGAAACGAGAACAGCGAUUAAAUCGCGAUAAUGCUUUGGACGAUUUGUUUAACUUUGGCAAUUACAUGAUGAGGAAUGAAUCAGGAGAGGCCUUAUCUACCAAUAAAAAGAGGUUUUCCACUUUUUUCUUUGAACUUAGCUUUUACCGCUUUAUUCAUUUUUAA